GGCCAAGCUAGCUUCGAACACUUCACUCGAAACCAACUUCAUAACAUCACCAAAAGCUCUCCUUUAAGCAUUUACACACAGUACCAACAUUUUGGAACAAGGAUGAAGUGAUAGAAGAAAGAUGCUAGGAUGGGGGUCAGUGGGCUGCUGCCACCUUGCAGACCGCUCGUCCAAGAUGAUCCCCUGCUGAGCUCCUAAUGAGAUCUGCACGUUUCUUCACUUGCUGUUCCUCUGAAGGCUUUACAAGAAGGAUGUUCAACUGGGUAGUGAAAGUGGUCCCACAGCCCCCUGAAGGUCCUCACCGGGAGGAAGAGAUCCGGAAACCUGCUGAGCAUCGCCCCAAAAGCAAAGAUGGAAAAUGUCCUGCACCGAAGAACUCUGAUGACGUUUCAGAGGACAGUCAGUCCCAGACGGGAGUUUUUGGUUGGCUGUCCAACGGCUUCGCCAGCGCCCUGCCUCAGCCCGCUGGCUCUCCUCACCUGGACGGCAGGACCGGGGGUGAUGGUGAAAGGUCGGGAGUGAUGGGCUGGGUGACACAGGGUCUGACCAAGGUGCUGCCGCAGCCUGACGACAAGUACAGAGAGAUAGACAACGGGAACGACGAGCACACAGAGGUCUAUGAAGUUGAAACAAUGCCAGAUUAUGAUCCCCUCCCACACAUUCCAGUGGUGGAGAUGGUGUCAGACGACGAGAUGUCUGAGGUGGAGAGUGUUUCUUUCCCUCCAAAUGUGGUGACUUGGAUCAAGCAGAAGAUUCCUCAGCCAAUUCUCCUGCCUGCUAGUGCUACGUCCAUCGAGUCCAAACACAAAAAGACUCCCCGCUCCUCUCUGGACAAAAUUCUUUCUCCACCACCCGAAUCUCUCAGUGGAAUCUCAUUGGACACUGAUGGCAAGGCCUCAAAUGUGGUUGGCUGGUUCGUGUCAGGACUUGGCUUGAAGAUCCCUCAGCCGAUUCCUCCACAACAAAACGACGUUGAGGCUGCUGCUGAAGCUCUAAAAAAAGUGUCAACCAAACUCGACCCUAACAUGGUGUUAGAGGACGUGGAUUCAGAGGACGAUGUCCAACACACUUCUACGACAGCCCCCGGACAGCCGGCAGUGAUAAAAAGAAGCCAGUCCAGUUCGUCCAUGCACCCCCACACGUGUGCUGAGACUAACCGAGAACCAGGACCAUCCCACCCGACUUUGCCAACUUUGGCUAAAAUACCGCAGGAGGAUGCUGAGACUCAGACAGGCCGCUGGACACCAUUCAUCGAAAACAUCAAGAAGGAGGCUGAGGAUGUUGCUAUGGCCACCAUGGAGGAACGUUUGCUGCAAGAGCGCAUGGAAAUGACACGUGUGGCCGAAGAAGUGGCGAGACACGCGGCUGAGAUGGCCAUUCGACAGCUGGCCAGUGAGGGCCAGUCCAUUAAACUGUCACUGGGGAGCCAAGAGCUGCUGGAGGAGUUUGACGCAGAACUGCCAGAUUUACAAGAAGACAGAGAAGCCAGUCAUCCUGAUGGCAUCGAAAAAGAGAGUCCCGUUGUGGAGGCUGAGGAACACACCAUCAGUGAAGAAGUGAAAGAUAAUCAAGAGCCCGAAGAAGAGCCCCAGCAACCACCAACAACAUCACCUUCGCCACCACCUCUCAGACCUGAACCAACAAAGGCCUCGGAGCCAGACCCUGAACAGCAGGUAGAGGACAAGACCCAGGAAGUAGUUUCUCAACCUGAGCCUGUGACCCAGCAGCCACAGAAGGCUGAGGAAGUCGCUGAGUGUGCCAAGACUGCUGAAAAGGAGGAGGCCAGUGAGGACGAGUGUGGGGCGCCUGUGAGCUGCGAUGCAAUUAAGAGCUGCCUGAUGCGCAUCCCUCUCACCUCGGAGUGCCUGGGCAAUAUCAACGCCUUCUUCAAAGAGAACGGCAUCUCCCGUCCCAAGAUCCCCUCCAUGCCGAAACCCCCCACGCAGCUGUCUGACAUCACCAAGCAUUUACCCUCUCUGCCCCCCGAGCUGCGCCAGGAGCUCUCUCAGAUCCGACUCACGCAGGUCCCUCGCAACAUCGCCCGGACUGUGAGCGAGCUCCUGCCCGCAGCGUCUACCGCCACCUCCUCGGUCGGUUCCACUCUGACCUCUUUCUCCCAGAGCUUGUCCAACGUUCCUCAGAAGCUGUCCCAGUUUCCCAGCAGGACCCGGCAGUACUUUGUGAACGUCAGGAGCCGCCUCAACAGCCUUAUGCCUCAAGAUGCCUAGAAGCGACAACAACAGCAAAAACAGGACUUCGAACUCAACCCCUUUGCUCGACAAGGUCCUCUCCCUCCUCACCUCCAACAGCUCCGCUCCCGCUCCCCGUCUCCGUCCUCGCCCAACGGCAGCACCCUUGAAUUGCCAAAUGUCCCCUCACACCCCCGCCUGCCGCCCAUUGUCAGCCCCCCGUCUAAGCAGCUCAACUCGCUGCCCCGCCAGCUUUCAGGCCUUUCUAACCCUGCCUUCUUCAUCGAAGACGACUCGCUCAUUACACCAAUAAGACGCACAGAUAGUUCUAGACUCGGCCUCCGCCCAGCCGUCAAUGUUGAGGAUGUCGACUCGGACCGGGAGAAAGCUGGGGAGGGAAAUGGGGAGGAGCUCCUCGCCCCCCAGGACCCCAAACUGACAACUCUGACUGUCCCUGUGACCCCCACAGGAGGUCGACAGAGCAAAGGAGAUAAAGAUGGAGGAACUCGUAGGACUGUCUGGACAAAGAUUAGGAGGCUGCAGUCUCAAAGUGAAGAAGAAGAUGAUGAAGAGGCAAGCAUCCCUGUCAGAGCCUGGCCCAGUCAGUCGAGCCUCCACAGCAGCGAUGACCCCCUGCGAGAACGUCCCUCAUCGUCAGCCAGUCAGACGAGUGCGGUGGUCAGCGAGCGUCUUCAGGAGCUGGUGCGCAUGUUUAAAGAGAGGACGGAGAAGGCUAAAGAGAAACUCAUAGAUCCUGACAGCUCGGAUGAGGACAGCGUCGUCCCCUCAGCUCCUCCUCAAGCCACAGCACCGCAACCUGCCCCUGCUCCUGAGCCCCUGGACGAGGACGAGGAGCCACCUGGUCCGUCGGUAGGAAAAGGAGAGAGUGAGGCAGAGGAGAAGUCGAGGCCCAGGGUGAAAUCCCAUCGAUGGAUACCAGCCUGUGUGCACUACCGCUUCCCUGCCAGCAUCGACCCUUUCACCAAUCUGAUGUACGUGUUGUGGAUGUUCCUGGUGUCUUUGGCGUGGAACUGGAACGUGUGGUUCAUCCCAGUUCGCUGGGCCUUCCCCUACCAGACGGCAGACAAUAUUUACUACUGGCUGCUGACCGACUACCUCUGCGACCUCAUUUACAUCCUGGACAUCACCAUCUUCCAACCGCGCCUGCAGUUUGUCCAUGGAGGGGACAUAGUCUGUGACAAGAAAGAAAUGAGAAAGAAUUACAUGAAAACUAAACGUUUCAAGUUCGACGUUGCCAGUCUUGCUCCGCUGGAGCUCUUCUAUUUCAAAACUGGCAUCAACCCUCUUCUACGGUUGCCUAGGUUACUCAAGAUCAACUCAUUCUUUGAAUUCAACGAGCGCUUAGAGGCAAUCUUGACCAAAGCCUACGUUUACAGGGUGAUCCGUACCACCACGUAUCUUCUCUACUGCCUCCACUGUAACGCCUGCCUCUACUACUGGGGCUCUGCCUACAAUGGACUGGGCUCCACUAAGUGGGUGUACGACGGCAAAGGCAACAGUUACAUCCGUUGUUACUACUUUGCGGUGAAGACGCUUAUCACCAUCGGGGGGUUGCCAGAUCCCACCACCCUGUUUGAGAUCGUCUUCCAACUCAUCAACUACUUUGUGGGAGUCUUCGCCUUUUCCAUCAUGAUUGGCCAAAUGCGUGAUGUUGUUGGUGCAGCCACAGCGAGUCAGACCUACUACCGCACCUGUAUGGACAACACCAUUAAAUACAUGUCUUCGUAUCGCAUCCCCAAGGAUGUCCAAAACCGCGUCAAAACAUGGUACAACUACACCUGGCAAUCACAAGGCAUGCUGGAUGAACAGGAGCUGCUGACUCAGUUACCAGAUAAAAUGCGUCUGGACAUCGCCAUCGAUGUCAAUUAUUCCAUUGUCAGCAAAGUCCCUCUCUUUCAGGGUUGUGACCAACAGAUGAUUUUUGACAUGUUAAAAAGCCUGCGUUCAGUUGUCUAUCUUCCAGGCGAUUAUGUCUGCAAAAAGGGGGAAGUUGGUCGGGAGAUGUACAUCAUCAAAGCUGGGGAAGUCCAAGUGGUUGGCGGUCCAGAUGGGAAAACCGUGUUUGUCACUCUCAGAGCUGGCUCAGUCUUUGGAGAGAUCAGUUUACUUUCCGUAGGUGGGGGCAACAGGCGCACUGCAAAUGUAAUUGCUCAUGGCUUCGCCAAUCUGUUCAUCCUGGACAAGAAAGACCUGAAUGAAAUUCUGGUCCACUACCCGGAAUCCAAGAAACUGCUGCGCAAAAAAGCUCGAAAGAUGCUCACAAAGGGGAAGAAAUCUGAAGCCAAAGAAGAAGCUAAGACAGCCCCCGUCAAGCCCGAGACUCCCAAAUUGCUAAGAGCCGCCCUGGAGAUGACUGAAAAGUUGGCUGGACUUAAAGGAGCCAUGGUCCAAGUUAAAGAGAAGACCAACAAGUCCAGUGUCUCACUGCAGGCGUCCAUCUCCUCCCCCUUGCCGUCUCCCGCUUCCACGUCCGGCCCGGACAGAGACGUCUCCACGCCCUCGCCCACUUUGGACAGUUCCACAACGUUCCUCUCCACCUUCGCCUGCUACAACGACAACUCCGAGAUGUCGCUCCCGGAAUCCCAAUGUUGCAGUGAUACGGAGGACGUGCUGCCAGUCGAUGACAGACAGGAGGGGCCGGGCGAGGAGGAAGAGGCCUACGAGGGAGGAAAUAAGGUGCAGCGAUAACAAGGGGGAAAAUAUUACUGAGAGCAGAAAGGUUGAAGGUCAACUGCCUUAGCGCGGACGGACUAAUUGCAUGGCUAGAGAUAAAAGUCUUGCUUAAGAAUAGGCUCAUAUGAGACUUCGGAUUAUUAAUACCAACUUCACAACAAUAUCAGCUCACUGCAGGCAAGUUGGUUAAAUUCAUACGAUAUAAACAAAAGCUCACAACUUUUAAUACGAUUAAUCUUGUUUUUGCUGUUGUUGAACCAUAAAUGUUUACAUUUUUUGUACAUUAAAAGGUUGCCUUAUUUUAUGUUAAUGUCAGUAGCUUACACGGCUAACGUGUUGAUGUUUUUGAACCUACGUAUAAAAAAAGAGUCCAUAAGUUGUAUUUAAAAUGUAAAUGAUUGUUAAAAAAAUAUAUUAUGAGGUCAUGAUUGAUAAUUAAACAGUGCUUGAUUUGUACAAUAAUAAACAUGUUUUAUUGUUAAAAUUAAUUGUACCGAUCAGAGGUGUACAAGGGGCUAUUUUUCAAAUAUAUUUAUUACCUCUUUAUUUCUUUUUACCAUUUUCACAAAAUUAAAAAGGUGAAAAUGGCCCCUCAGUGUAAAAAGUUUGGACACCCCCCUGGUAUAGAUGAUUGUAUUGCUUAAACAAAAAGCAGUUUACACUCUUUUCCAGUAAGUCCAAAUGAUAUUGUCUAUCCUUUUGAUUGUGUAGGCUGGCUAAUCAUGCCAAUGUUUUAUGGAUAUCAUAAUAGUGUGCUCAUACUCAAUGUGUCACUAAAGUAGCACUGAAAUAAAACAA